AUGGCUUUUGGAAGAAGCAGUCCGCCGCCUUCCCAAUCCUCGGCUAAGAAACAGCAAUCUAUCUCCAGCUUCUUCACACCUAAACAACCCGCUGCGAAGAAGUCCACCGCGCCUACACCAUCCACAGCCAAGACAUCAUCGCUAUCCAAAGCGCCUGCCACCAACAAUGACGCAGAACAGGCAUUGCUGAAUAGCAGUCCUCCCAAGCCAAAACGUCCCUUCGAAGAGUUCAGUGACGACGAGGAAGAAUUGCCAAACCCCAAGAGAACCCGUCAGGACGCCCUCGAUACAGAAAGCGGAGCACAAUCAUACGGCACCGCGAUCACCAAUGUGCCUUCAAGCGUCUCCGACCGGACAGCAAAGUACAUUUUCUCAAGUUUCCAGCCCGACCAACCUCUUCAUGGCCAUCAAGACGAUGACGCUGCUCGCAGGCAGAAAGACCGUUUGCACCGAGCAUUCCUAAAGAAGCUGGGCAGACCUGACAGUCUAGCAGAUAUUAGGCGUCGUAAUCAUUUCAUUGACGAGGAUCAAGCUGAGGGUGAUGACGAUCAAGAUGAGNNGGAAGAGGAAGAGGUUCAGAAACCUGCCAAAGGUAGAAAGGGCCCUGCUGUGAGGAAGUCUGCUAGCAAACUCACGCCCAUGGAAAAGCAAGUCAUCGACAUCAAGAAGAAACACAUGGACACGCUUCUGGCCGUUGAAGUUGGCUACAAGUUUCGUUUCUUCGGUGAUGAUGCUCGCAUCGCUGCAAAAGAACUGCAGAUCAUGUGUGUGCCUGGNAAAAUGAGGUUCGAUGAACACCCUUCCGAAGCACAUCUUGACAGAUUUGCCGGAGCAAGCUUUCCCACCCAUCGUUUGCAUGUCCAUGUCAAGCGUCUUGUCUCUGCCGGUCACAAAGUCGGCGUUGUACGUCAACUAGAGACAGCCGCUUUGAAGAAGGCUGGCGACAACCGCAACACUCCAUUCAUCCGCAAGCUUACCAACUUAUAUACCAAGGGUACCUAUAUUGAUGAUGUAGAAGGUCUGGACGGCCCUGUGGCUGCUCCAGCUGGUGGCGCNCCUGCAACUGGCCAUCUUCUCUGUUUGACUGAGACCAAUGCGGGAGGUUCAGGUACUGACGAGAAGGUGCGCCUUGGUAUAGUCGCUGUUCAACCAACUACAGGCGAUAUAAUCUACGACGAUUUCUACGAUGGCUUUAUGCGAAGCGAGCUUGAAACUCGGCUGCUUCAUAUUGCACCCUGCGAAUUUCUCAUCGUUGGUUCUGUGUCCAAAGCGACUGAGAAGUUGGUCGAACAUCUUUCCGGUAGCAGAACAAAUGUUUUUGGAGAUCGUGCACGUGUAGAACGCACCGAAAAGUCAAAGACCUUUGCCGCUCAAGCAUACACUCAUAUCUCCGACUUCUACGCUGGUAAGAUGCAGUCGGAUGACGCGUCGGAAGAGAAGUCGGCGAUGCUUGACAAGGUCCACCAACUGUCUGAACUUGUCACAAUGUGUCUUUCGGCUAUGAUCACUCACCUGACUGACUAUGGUCUCGAACAUGUCUUUGACCUUACCAAGAACUUUCAAUCUUUCAGCGCACGGUCUCAUAUGCUUCUCAACGGUAAUACUCUGUCAUCACUGGAAAUUUACCAGAACCAAACGGAUUACACUGAGAAGGGCAGCCUUUUCUUCAUUCUGAACCGAACACAGACUCGUUUUGGCCAGCGUCUGCUUCGCAAGUGGGUGGGUCGCCCGCUGCUCGAUCAACAACAGCUGCAAAUACGCAUUGGUGCUGUGGAAGAACUCCUCGACAGUGACCGAGCUAUUCCUACUGAUCGCAUCAAGAACCUCCUCGCUCAUGUCAGGGGUGACUUGGAGAAGUCUUUGAUCAGAAUUUACUACAANAAGUGCGCCCGCCCAGAGCUUGUGUCUGUCCUUCAGACGUUGCAGACUAUCUCAAACGAGUACGCUCAUGUCAAGACCCCAGAAGAUUCUGGGUUCAAAUCCCCGUUACUUGCAGAAGCUGUUGCGUCCUUGCCACUUAUAUCAGAAGAUGUCAUCUCUUUUCUCGAGAGGAUCGACCUCCAGGCGGCAAAGGACGACGACAAGUACUCAUUCUUCCGCGACCAGUAUGAGACUGAAGAGAUCACUGACCAUAAAGUCGGUAUCGCCUGUGUCGAACAUGAUCUGGACGAACAUCGAACCCAGGCUGCAAAGACGCUUAACAAGCCAGGCAAGGUCAACUAUGUGACGGUAUCUGGCAUCGAAUUCCUGAUCGAGAUCGAAAACAUUCAUCUAAAAAGGGUGCCAGCUUCGUGGGCCAAGAUCAGUGGAACCAAGAAAGUAUCUCGUUUCCACACGCCGGAAGUUGUCAAGUUCAUCCGCGAGCGUGAUCAACUCAAGGAGGCUCUUGCCAACGCAUGUGACGCGGCCUUUGCCGACCUGCUGUCCGAGAUUGGUACCAAAUAUCAGACCUUCCGCGAUUGCAUCCAGUCGCUAGCGACUCUGGACUGUCUGCUCUCGCUAGCUGACAUUGCGAGUCAACCCGGAUACACAAAGCCUGAGUUCAUUACCGACAGUGAUGAGGUCCGUAUCGAGGUUAGAGAAGGCCGUCAUCCGAUGGUUGAGCAAAUUCUUCUUGACUCGUAUGUGCCAAACGACAUUGAGCUGUCUUCGAAGGAGAGAGCGCUUCUCAUUACAGGACCAAACAUGGGCGGCAAGUCAUCCUAUGUGAGAUCGGUAGCCUUGAUCAGCAUCAUGGCACAGAUAGGAAGCUGGGUUCCUGCUUCGCAGGCAAGGCUGACUCCCCUAGAUGCCGUUUUCACACGCAUGGGUGCAUUCGACAACAUGCUCAAGNNGGGUGAAAGUACUUUCAUGGUGGAACUGUCCGAAACUUCAGACAUCCUGAAGCAAGCUACACCUCGAUCUCUCAUCAUCUUGGACGAAUUAGGUCGCGGUACGAGCACUCACGAUGGUGUGGCAAUUGCGCAAGCUGUUUUGGACUACGUCGUGCGUGAGACCAAGGCACUCACUCUGUUUAUCACUCAUUACCAGGCACUUUCGAGAAUGGCCGAGCGAUACGAAGCACGCGAACUCCGUAAUGUUCACAUGCGUUUCACCGAAGAGGUUGCUGGCGAUGAUCACACGGACAUCACUUUCCUGUACGAGGUUGGUGAGGGUGUUGCACAUCGCAGCUAUGGCCUAAAUGUGGCAAGACUGGCUGGACUGCCNAAAGAUGUGCUUGACAUCGCAGCCAUCAAAAGCACACAGAUGGAAGAAGAAGCGAACAGAAGGAAGAUGGCGCACUUGUCCCGACUGCUCUCUUCUACUCUCGAGGACAACCAGUCGCCUAAUGUCGAGUUGCUCUUGGCCGGACUUGACAUGAUGUAG